AGACAACAGGAAUUCGUUAUUGUAGUGGUAAUAUUAAAAUUCAUAAUUGUACCAUAACGCGAUAUGAGUAAUAGCUUAUUUUUAUCCAGUGAUAUUCGAACUGAGGCACAUUAUUUGGUUAUUGUUUUGACUUUUGUCAUUAGUUAUUAUAUUUUCGAAUAAAUUGACUAUAAAAAACAAGGAAUAAUUAGAAUUAUUAUUGCGUUCUCUUCCUACAGAAUUUGCACUUUGAUAUUGUAAAUGUGUUCAGUGACAAUAAAAUUCCAAGUUGGUAAUGGGACAAUCGGAAAGCAAAUCAGUUUCUCUAAAAUGACCCAUCAGAAUCGACGUGAUGGAGUAUCUGGAUGUCUACGAUUCACUGGACUGGCUAACUCUUUGAUUAGAUUUGCAUAUAAAAAGUGCACUGAAGGGAUCCUCAGACCGGAACAGGAUUUCGAAAAAAGAAAUAGAACAAAAUAUAAACCCUCUGCUUCCUCUCCGAAAUACCAAACAAGGGAAGAAUUUACCGAAGUAGAACAAGAUUAUUCGACAGCUCCGAAAUCGAGUACGGGCACUGUCAAUCCCAACUUGCCGCCACUGAGGUUCCACAACGUACACGGUGACAACGUACGACUAUACAAAAACGGAUUCGUUGCUAAGCGUGUGGAAAGUUUUUGCAAAGGAGUGGCUUUUAGCUGCCGACCUGUAGCUAUCAACGAAAGGGUGUACGUUAAAUUUUUGGAAAUAUCCGAUAAUUGGAGUGGAGUGCUUCGUUUUGGUUUUACCAGCGAAGAUCCUCUCAACAUUAAGAAAGUGCCUAAGUAUGCUUGCCCAGAUUUAACUAGUAAGUCGGGAUUUUGGGCCAAAGCAUUAAGCGAAAGACAUGCAAAUAACGACGCAGUACUCUUUUUUUAUGUGGAUGCUGGUGGCGAUGUCCACUAUGGUCUUAAUGGCGAAUCAAAAGGAGUAUUUAUGCAAGGAAUAGAUACCAGGUCUCCUCUCUGGGUACUUAUGGACAUUUAUGGCAACUCAACCAUUGUCGAAUUCUUGGAUUGUCGACCACAAUUAAAUAAUAAUCGUAGGAGUAUUGAAGAUUCUUCAGAUCUUAAUUCACAAAUGUCUACAAUGACAAUAUCUCCUCCGGCAGUGCGUCGGGUUCCUUUUAGUGAACAUUUAGAACCAGUAGAAUUGGCCCGCAAAGGACGUCAUGUUAUGAUUAGUAUGAAAGAUGGAGUUCCUUGUGUUGGCACUAGACUGUCCACAGCCUUCUUCCAAGGCUACACUUUUACUAAACGCCCUCUUGUCAUAGGUGAAAAAUAUGUCGUACAGAUCACAAAAACUAGUCAAUUGUACGUGGGGAGUUUGUCAUUUGGAGUCACUUGUUGCGAUCCCAACACUAUCGGUAUCGGAGAAUUACCAGACGAUCCCAACCAAUUAGUUGAUAGACGGGAAUACUGGGUAAUGAGUAGAAACGUUGCUGAAGAAACAAAACCUGGUGACAUUUUGGUGUUUUCCAUCAAUCACAAUGGCGAAGUUUUGUGUGCUAAAAACGGUGGUCUGGAAGUGGUUUUAAUGUGUGUCGAUCACUCUCAAACCCUUUGGGGAGUUUUCGAUAUAUAUGGUACUACGACUCAAAUAGUUGUAUCGAAAAUUCCAUUACCUCCAAAUUCUAAUGGUGGUUGUAUGCAAAACAUUAUUACACAAUCUUCAUUGCAGCCAUCUACUUCUUAUGAACCGGUUUCAUCGUCUCCACAACAAAACCACCAAGCUUUGUGUUAUGCAUCUCCUCCACCACCAAUAGUUAGAUCCAAUAUAUUAGAAGUUAACACAGACGCUAACGGUGGAACAGUACUAAUUGUAAACUUGCCUGCAGCUCAAUCCAGUCAAGUUUGUCAUCCUUCUCCAGCUUUGUCACAAGUAUCAUCCAUCCAAUCCACAGUGAGACCUCCAUCAGUGACUAUUCAACAAGUACAGCCUAGACUUUCACCUCCUCCUCAACAAGUACAUAUUCCAGAGCCAUUACCUUCCGGUGAAGGAGAAUGUUCAAUAUGUUUUGAAAGAAAUGUGGAUUGUGCUUUAUACACAUGUGGUCAUCUUUGCAUGUGUUAUGAAUGUGCUAAAAAACAAUGGGUUCGUUUAGGUAGAUGUCCUAUUUGCAGAGCUGUUAUCAAAGAUGUUAUCAAGAUCUACAAGUAAACUAUGAACUCCAUAUCUUCUUCACUUCAUUUUCUUUUAUUUAAUACAUUUUGUUAAACUAUAUUAUUAUUUUUAUUCUUAUCAUUAUUAUUGUAAACGACAAGCUUAAAACGCCAGUCUAUUUUUAAUUUAUUAUAUUCUGUUGUUUAUUGUGCUCUUUUUUUUUAUUAUCUAUAAAGUAUUAACAUUCAAUGAUGUUGUUAUUAAUCAAUAUUUAUAUUAACUGAAUAUUUCUGUAAUGUUAGGAUAAAUUUAUAUUUUGUAAUACUUUUGAUAUACAACUAAUGAACAGCAAAUGACUGAUUUUUUAUUAAAAAUUAUUGUAUAUUAAUGUAAGCAUUAAUGAAGACUGGCGGUGUAGGUAAUUGUAAUUUUUUUUGCUAAUUUAAUAAUUUUUAUUGUUGUUGUUGUUAUUGUUAUAUUAGACAUGAUUAUUAUUAGUAAGGUAUUUAUCAUUUGAAAUAUUAUUACAAAAAAAAUAAUAACCUUUAUUUUCUGUAUAAUAUGAUUGAUGUAAUAAUCGAACUAGACCAUUCUAGUCAAUAGUCAGUUAGGACUGGAUUUUUAUUAUGUUAAUAAUAAUUACGCUUGUAAUAGGUUUUAUCAUUUUUCUAAGUCAUAUUUUAAUGUAAAUUUAGUCAAUUUAAAUCAUAUAAAUGAGAUAUCAUUCUGAAAGUGAUAUGACAAUAAAAUGUAAUGUAAGUUUUAUAAAUACAUUUUAAUUUGGAAAAUCUAUGUCACAAAUGAAUUUUGUGCAAUUGUA